UUUCGAGCAGUUAAGGAAAACAUCAACUCGGUGAAGGAUUUUCUAUUUCAGUGUUACUCAAAUUGUCAAGGGCUUUGAGAUAUUUCUACUUUAUUUACAUAUUGACUAUUUGGUAGUUGUACAUUCUUGGUAUUUUGUGUCAUAUCAAAUAUAUGCCUUCUGUAGGCUACAUUACCUUGACUCAGGGUAAGGUCUAGGUGUCUGUUUCAUGUACUUUCUUGAAAUUAAGAUUGCUAUCUGAAUUUGUUUGUUUGAGUGAUGCCCUUGUACAUAGAUAUUCCUUGGCAUGGGUAUGUCUGAUGACAAUCAUGCUCUGAAAUGUAAACAUGAUGGAUCCUACGUUGUUCUUUCACCAUCGUCCUGUAUCUCAGCAGCAGACUGGUAUGGUUUGCAACAUUGUGGGACAAGUGACAGGACUAUUUUCAGAAUCCCAAUAUGUUGCUCUUGAUAAGCUUUCUGAAACUCUAAACCGGCAUCGUUCUCUAAACAAACUAUUACGUACCAUAAUUUCAACUUGGGAGGUGGUCGGCUUCCAUGGGAGUAUUGGCAUGUACUUGGAUGCCACUGGAGUCCACAUUCAGCAGUGGUUAGACCCUCCACAUACUUCUGGAUUGCUGAUUGGGACUCUGAUUGCGUGUAUUUGACCAUUGAGGUUGUGUUCGGAUCAUGGAUCUGUGACGGGUUUUGCGAAUGCUGUAUUUUUUUUGAAUGGAAGAAACUUCUCGAAUGCUACUUGGGAUC